AUGUCUAGUAACAUGUCCCUGGUCAUCUGUGCGCCAGCAACUCUUGCAAUUGCUCAUGACCUCAACACCAACAAUAAUUUCCUUCUAGUCUUCUACCUGACAGCCCCGAACCUCGGUGAAGCCAUUGCCCCCUUGUAUAUUGGGCCGCUGUCAGAAAAGUUUGGUCGUCUAGUUACGGGUUUCAGUUCCAACAUCAACAUGAUCGUUGCUUUUCGAUUCCUGGCUGGGGCAUCUACUUUGUCCAUCUGUCUGAACCCAAGCAUCAUAGGCGAUUUAUAUCCCGUCAAGAACCGUGGCGCUGCCAUGUCUGUCAUGAGCUUGAUACCCAUACUUGGCAGUGCUGUCGGGCCUAUAGCAGGAGGGUAUAUAACACAGGGCCUGAACUGGCGAUGGACGUUCUGGUUAAGCGCUAUGAUGACCGGUAUUUUACUGCUUGUCAGUCUCUGCGUGAUGAGAGAAACCUAUUUGCCUGUGUUACGGCGGGAAGAACACAACGAGAAGAUCAGUUCCGGGUCGAAAUACUUUAAGGGAUGGAAGUGGUCUACCAUCAAGGGACUAUGUUUGCUAGCAGUUCGGCCAUUUACUAUCCUGUUUAGCUCUAAUGUCGCGAUAAUCAUGGCCUGCUACCUGUCGAUCCACUACGCCUAUCUUUCUCUCCUCGCGGCGACCUUGGCUACCACAUUCCAAGAUGCCUAUGGGUUUUCUGAAAGUCACUCUGGCCUCAUCUAUAUAUCCUUGACCACCAUUGGAACAGAUGACCAGCCUCUGCCGGAAAAUCGCCUGAUACCCACCAUCCCUGGCAUGGCCCUGUUUCUAGUAGGCCUGUUCAUCUACGGCUGGACGUCGCAGCACCACGUACACUGGAUCGUUCCAACCCUCGCUACCAGCCUGUGUGGGUUCUCCCUGGCUUCCAGCACGACUCCAAUCAUGAACUAUCUUGUCGAUAUCUUUGGAGAUAGAUCUGCCUCAGCAGUUGCAGCUGUCCUGCCGAUGCGAUACCUCAUGGGAACGUUCCUACCCGUUGCUGCGCCAUACAUGUAUAAAUCUCUCGGAUACGGCUGGGCAAACUCAUUGCUCGCUUUUAUUCUUCUUGCCAUUGUGCCGUUUCCACUACGAGCGAUUGUCCAGCCAAAAGCUGUUUCAUCGAUGCAUAGAAUGGAGGCCUACAAAUAG